CCGGGGUAUGAGAGCAUCGAAUUCACCUCUAGGGCUCAUCACAAGAAAUUCCUCACCCAACUCAAUCGAGAGGUACAUUCAACCCGAUUUCUUUGUCAUGAAACAUUGCGAGCAUUGAUGUUGUAUGAUAUGAUGCUAGAAUUGUGCAACAACAUAGGACUUACUACAUUGUUCAAUAUGUCCUAUAAUAUCUACAAAAGAAUUAUGUAUGAGUUCCUAGCAUCGGUUGAAUUUACUGAAGAUAUAGAGGACACCUAUGAGAGCAAACUCACGUUUCGGUAUAACAACAUACCAAGAACUUUAACGAAACGUGAGUUUGCCGAGCUAUUUGGUUUACCGGUUUUAGGUGUGGAGGAAAGAAAGGCAAGAGUUGAUAAGACCAUUGUGCAUGAUUUGUGGCGAAGGAUGACAAGGGUUAGGGUUUUUAAAUCUUCACAUAUGCAUGUUACACAUGUUCAACACCCUACCCUUCGAAUCGCACUGAAAUGGUUUGAGUAUGAUGUCUUUGGGAGGCCAAAUAGUCAUCAAACAAGGAUUAGUGAAUUGGCCCUUCUUGCUAUGAGUAUCUUUCCCGAAGCUCCUAGAUUAGAUCUUGCUUCAUGUUUGUGGGACCAUCUAAAAAAGGAAUGUGAAGCUAUGGGUGACAUUUUCAUAGGAGGGUACAUACAUCAUAUUUGUACCAAAUUUGGCUAUUGUGCGAAUAGAGAAGUACAAGAUUGGAAUUUCCUUAAUCUUAAGUUUCUACUCACUGCACAUGAUUUGAGUCACUCCCACACCAUUGGGACCACAACAUUUUACCAUUGGACCCUAAAUCCCUCACCCACACAACUUUUUACAAUCCCCUCCGAUGAACUCCCCAACAUUUUUAACCAUCAACUUGGGGAUAGGAGACACCUUUGCCUACCCGGAACUACUCCUGACCACUAUCUUUAUGACAUCCCUCAACUUGAGCCACCACCCAGUCCCGAACAACCACAAGCACAGCCACAACCCGAUCCCCAACCCCCUCAAUACACCCCCUUUGAACAAUAAAUGCUUGCCGGUAUACAACAACUCAAUCUUAACCAAACGGCAAUGAACACACGCAUCGACGAUCUCUAUAGUGCGUAUCAAAGGGUGGAAGACGAUCAAAGACGGGCCUUCGGGCCUAUGUACGCAUAUUUUGACCACAAAGGGUACUUUUCCCACAUGCCCACUCCGGUCCAACAUCCUACAUGGUAUGACCCCUCACAUUGGGGUAAUUUCGGAGGAUCUAGCUCCGGAGGAGGUGGACAAGCUGGCAGUGAUGGUGUUGGCAGGGAUUUCGGAGGUGGUGAUGGCAGAUAUGGUGGCAGCUCAGACACAAACGACGAUGAAUAUCCAUAUACGGGCGGUUUUCAUGACAGCUACUACGGUCAUGGUGGAUUCUUUGAUGGAGGAGAUGCGGGCGGGCACUAGGGGCAGUUCCAUGAACUAGCUGGGGGGAGAACUAUUCUGGAUCCUAAGGGUACACAUAAGGAGCGAAAGAAGAGGAACCCAAUGAUGCUGAAGACCUUCUAUUCAUGUGUUUUGAUCAUUGAAACAUUCUUUUAUGUUGAUUUUCAAAAACACUUGUGAAUGGUUGUAAUUGCUACAAUUGUUGGUUUGGAAACUUCAUGGACAUGAUUUGUUUUACUCGAGACGAGUAAAAGUUCAAGUGCGGGG